AUGUCCAGUCACGGUCGAGAUUCCGGUGGUGGUGGUGACGAACAUGGAAGUGGUCAUUCAAAUGAUGAUUAUAAUUCAGGACGAGGUGGUAGUGAUCGAAAUAAUUAUGAUAACAAUAGCGGACAAAAACGAAAUUAUUCUGAUCAUAGUUCACGUGGUGGAGAAGGUGGAGGUUAUGGAAGCGGAGGUAGUGGUCACAAUCGUGGACGAAAUGAUAAUAAUGAAAGUGGAAGUAGUGGCUAUAGUCGUGGCCGAAAUGAUUAUUCAAGUAAUAAUAGUGAUAAUUAUGGUGGCGGCGGCGGCGGCAGUGGAUUUAAUCGUGGUCGAAAUAGUUAUCAAAAUAAUAGUGGCGGUGGUGAUGAUUCGCGUAUGGAAACACAACGUGAUACAAUUUUUAUUCAGAAUUUACCUCGAAGUGUAACUGCAUCGGAACUUAAGGAUGUAUUUAGCCAAAUUGGAUUGAUUAAAAAUGAUAAAAAGACAGGUGCACCAAAAAUUUGGAUUUAUAAAGAUAAAGCCACUGGCGAAGGUAAAGGCGAAGCCACAAUUACUUAUGAUGAUGAAGAAGCAGCACAAGCCGCUAUCAAUUGGUAUGAUGGAAAAGAAGUUCUCUCAAAUAUUGUUCAAAUUUCUUUGGCUACUAGACGUGCUUCAGCAUUCGGUGGUCGAGGUGGUUCUCGUGGUCGUGGUGGAUUCCGUGGUCGAGGUGGUAGUGGCGGCGGCGGCGGUGGUGGUGGUGGUGAUUUCGGUGGCUAUCGUGGUCGUGGUGGAGAUCGUGGCAGUGAUUAUCGAAGUGGUGGUGGUGGUGGUGGUGGGGGCGAAUAUCGAGGUAGUGGUCGUGGUGCAAGUCAUGGUUCGAGUAGAGACAAUCGUUCUAAUCCAUAUUAA